UUCGAGGAACAAGGUACAAUGCGCGAUUUGGAGGCGAUUGAGCUGUUCCGUACAGCGUCGCAAAUACAUCCUUCUGAACGUCUUCGCUCGCUUUUAUCGAUCAGCGCACUUGGCCUUGGUCUAUGUCUUUCAAAUAAGUACGACAAUCAGGAGGUAGUUGCAGACCUGGAAAAAGCCGUCAUGCUCAAACGUCCUGCACUAGAGUACUGUCCGCCUGGGCGUUUCGAUCAUUGUAUAGCUCUUGGUGAUCUUGCCCAUAAUCUCAGAAAGCGGUUCCGGAGACAAGCUGCGAUUCACAACUUAGAAGAGGCGAUUGAGCUGCUCCACACAGCAUUGGAACUAUGUUCUUCUGGACGUCGGUUUCCGACGUUAGUUGCUCAAUGGCCUUGCGGCCCGUCUUACCGACAGGUUUAG